CUCCCCUACAGCAUGGCCGGCUCGAAGGCAAGAACCGACGACGACCACUGUCCCACCAUCACUGCCACCAGUUGUCUUCCUUGCCAGCCAGCCGAACGCUCUUGGACUCGCGUCCUUCGGAGACUCAACCCGGAAGCGUGAAUUUUUUCCGGAGAUCAGGUUCACGGAGUGAGUUCCGUGAGGUCUUCGGCCCGUUUGCAAGGAAGCGCGCAUUCGACACGCUUCUGCAGGAUCCUUGACGAGCAAAUUGAGGAGGAAAUCAAGGAGAAGCCUCCUCCUCCUCCCACGGCAGGGACAUGUCGGCACCCGACUCGACAACCUUGGGGCCGUUGGACUUCUCAGUGCUCGGUCUGACUUUGAUCAUCUCGGCGGGAAUCGGCAUCUACUACAGAUUUUCCGGUGGUAGACAACGGACGGCCAAAGAAUACCUUAUCGCCGACGGCAACAUGUCGGUUCUCCCGGUAGCAUUCUCGCUCAUGGCGAGUUUCAUGAGUGCUGUGACGCUAUUGGGAGUACCAAAAGAGAACUAUUUCCAUGGGACCGAGUUCUUCAUCAUAAACAUAGCUUAUAUCAUCGGGACACCGAUAGUUUGUUUCGUCUUCCUUCCGGUCUUCUACCGACUACAGACCGUGAGCGUAUACGGAUAUUUGGAGAAACGGUUCGGCAGACCUACAAGACUCCUCUCUUCCGGCAUAUUCAUCGUUCAGAUGGUGUUCUACAUGUCGGUUGUGCUUUACGCUCCGGCUGUGACCCUGCAGGCAGUCACAAGAUUGUCGAGGUGGUAUUCGAUCAUUAGUGUCGGGAUAGUCUGCACUUUCUACUGCACAAUAGGAGGCAUGAAAGCUGUUCUAUGGACAGAUCUGUUCCAGUCGUGUUUGAUGUUUGCUUCGAUGUUCGCUGUGCUUAUUGCUGGCACAUAUCGCCUUGGAGGCCUAUCGAAUGUGAUGCACGAGGUCAUUGAAGGUGGUCGGUUCAACUACGGCAGUUUCUCAUUUGACCCCGAAGAGAGACACACUAUUUGGUCUCUGGUUUUUGGAGGUCUCUUUGUAUACAUGUCGCUAUAUGGUGUGAAUCAAGCACAGAUCCAGAGACUCCUAUCGGUCAAAACUCUCGCACAAGCUCAAAAGGCUAUGUUCAUUCAGUGGCCUAUCUUGACGAUGUUAUCAUUCACGUCUUGUUUCACGGGACUCGUGAUAUAUGCCAACUUCAGAGGAUGUGAUCCAUAUGUAACCGGGAAAAUCCAGUAUCCCGAUCAGAUUCUACCGUACUUCGUCAUGAAAUACCUGGGGGGGAUACCCGCUCUACCUGGCUUGUUCAUCGCUGGAAUAUUCUCGGGUGCUCUGAGCACCGUUUCCUCCGCCAUAAAUUCCCUCGCUGCCGUAACAUUCGAGGAUUUCGUCAGGCCGAUGUACAAAGAGGGAACAGCUCAUGAGGGGCUCCUCAUCAAAACCAUCGCCCUAUUCUACGGUGUGAUCUGCGUUCUCCUUACGGGAAUCGCUGAACGCCUCGGAGGUGUUCUGCAGGCUUCAUUCGUGUUCUUCGGCGUUGGGGGAGGACCCCUGCUGGGCGUCUUCACCCUAGGAAUGUUGUCACGGCGAACUGGUCAAAAGGCCGCGCUGUCUGGGAUCGUAUCCGGUCUGCUUUUCGGACUCUGGAUCGGUGCCGGUGCCCUGUUCGAGGCUGCGAAACCGAAUAUGCUUCCACUUGAUAACCAGCGGUGCCCCGAAGAACUCGUUGUCAGGAACGCCACCCUUAUUCUCUCAAAAUCCUGCAGCUGGUACCUCCCGCUAUGUAAUAUAUCCUACCAGUGGUAUACGUUCGCCGCGUGGCUACCGACAGUGCUUGUCGGCUUGCUGGCCUCGCUCGUUUGGCCGAACAAACUACCGGACGUCGAGCUGUACCUGAGUCCCAUACUGAAGCCCGAAGUCAGCUGCGGAAAAGAAUCUCCGACUCUGCGGAUGCGCCUCUGA